AUGCGGGACACCACAGCCGCGCAGCUGGCGGCGGGGCGCGACAUCCAGGGCAUACCCUGGGAGCUCACGCAGUACAGCCGGCAGGGGUACCGGGCGGUACGCAACGAGCAGUACCACAACUACUUCAAUCUGGAGGAGGAGGUGGUGGCGGCGCAGCCCUCCCUGGCCGCCGCCGCCGUCAAGGCCCGCGCCGGCGCACGCUUCUUCGACUUCUACCGGAGCUGGCGCCAGGCACGCAGCAGCAUCGUGCACUUCCAGCUGCGCAACCUGCUGUGGGCCACCAGUGCCCACGACGUGUACCUGGUGCACGAGAACAAGGUGCAGCACUGGAGCAGCGUGACGCAGCGGCUGACCACGGUGAUGGAUGUGUCGGGCGGGGUGACGGGGGCGGUGGCGCCCGGCAUCGGCCAGGUGCAGCUGUGCACGCUGUGCGCCAGGGAGGGCCUGGUAGCGGGCGGCGGCUUCAGCGGGGAGCUCGUGGCGCGGCGCGUUGGCUCAGAAGACAAGUUUGCGUGCAGCAUGCGGGUCACCACCAGCGACAACGGCAUCACCAAUGCCAUAGAGAUCCUGCGGCCGGCGGGCGGCCAGGUGCGGGUGGUGUGCAGCAACAACGACGACAGCGUGCGCGCCUUUGACGCC